AUGAGUUUCCUCAACAAGUGGAAAACGGGCUCGACGAACGCCUCGAGCCCGGCUGCCAAAGAUGCGCAAAAGAAGAAGGAGAAGGAGGAGGCCGAGCCUGAAGUUACACCCCUGGAGAAGAUGCUCUUAACCGCGGGUGCAGUGCGGGAGGACGGGAGCGACAAGUUCUUUGGCAUGGAGAAUUUUGGCAAUACCUGCUAUUGCAACUCGAUCGUCCAAGCCCUUUACUUUACCUUGCCAUUUCGACAACACGUUCUCAACUACCCGGUUCUGUCGCCCUCGUCGACACCAAACGGCGAGAAACCCAAGGUCAACGUCACCAUCCGCGCCCCUACAGCAGUGAUCAAUGGUAGCGGACCGGCCGCGCAGAAACCCUUGACAGCUGCGGAAGCCAUGGCGAAGCGCAAGGCAAUCAACUCGGGACAACUACCGCCAGGCCAACCAAUCCGACCAGAAGACAAGCCAGACACCCCGGAAUACAAGAAAAAACAAGCCAUGCUCAAGGGGCCUAUAUUAGAACUCGCACAGGACAACAGCAGCGCAUACGGCAUGGAUGAGUGCUCCUUCACGGCCUUGCGAGACAUCUUCACUACGCUGGUCGAGAGCGGCGUCCGGACAGGAGUCUUGAGUCCGCAGCGCUUCCUCGAGAUUUUUAAGCGCGACAAUGAGAUGUUCCGCAACUCGAUGCACCAAGAUGCCCACGAGUUCUAUGGCCUCAUCCUGAAUGAUGUCAUCGCCAAUGUGGAGAGCAACGCCCAGCGACUUCUAAAGCACCAGGCAGACGCUGCCGCAAGAGAAGGCACCACUGCGUCACUGGAGCAGGCUUUGGGGGCGGUCGCCAAGAGCUCCCAGAAUGGCAUGAACUCGCCUGGAACUGGCUGGGUGCACAACAUCUUUGAAGGACUAUUAACCUCGGAAACAAAGUGCUUGACUUGUGAGACGGCGUCACAAAGAGACGAAACUUUUCUUGAUCUCUCCAUCGAUCUUGAGGAGCACUCCUCGGUAACCGCAUGCCUCCAGAAAUUCUCCGCGGAGGAGAUGCUCUGCGAGCGGAACAAAUUCCACUGCGACAACUGUGGAGGACUUCAGGAAGCUGAGAAGCGCAUGAAGAUCAAACGCCUUCCCAAAGUGCUUGCGUUGCACCUGAAGCGCUUCAAGUACACAGAGGAUUACAGCAGGCUGCAGAAGUUGUUUCAUAGGGUGGUCUACCCGUAUCACCUGAGAAUGUUCAAUACCACAGAUGAGGCCGAAGACCCAGAUCGCAUAUACGAGCUUUACGCGGUAGUAGUACACAUUGGUGGCAACGCAUACCACGGGCACUAUAUCUCAGUCAUCAAGACGGAAGACCGAGGCUGGCUGCUAUUCGACGACGAGAUGGUCGAGCCCGUCGACAAACAUUACGUCCGCAAUUUCUUUGGCGAUAAGCCCGGCACAGCGUGUGCCUAUGUGCUAUUCUACCAAGAAACGACCUUCGAGAAAGUACGCGCUGAGCAGGAGGCCGAGGGUCUAGAGGAAGUCCGGCUAGCGAGUGAGAAGGCCAACAUCGCCCAGGAGAAUGGUGCAGUCAAUGCUACUGCAGCUCCUAUCACCAAGCAGACUACGUUGCCGGUCACGCAGCCAGAAGAAACUGGUGGCUUGGCCAAGCUGGAACACGCGGCUACCGCACCCGGUAUAGCAACGACUCCGGUCGCACCGCCUGUGCCGGCAGUACCAAGCCAAGCUGAAGUCACCUCGCCUCAAGGGCUGUCUCGGUGGGGCACCAUCAAAGGAGACUCGAAGAGCAAGGAGGACAAGAAGGAGGCCAAAGCUCUCGAGAAGGCACGGAAGCAGGCUGAGAAAGACGAGCAAAAAGCGAAAGAGAAACAGCGCAAGGAGAACGAGAUUCGCCUGCGCGAGGCGCGCCGAACGGAGGCGGACAACCUCAAGAAGGCCAUGGAAGAGAGUAGAAAGACUUUUGACGAAGAUGAAGGCAAGCGGAAAGACACGGAUUCGUCAGCAGCGACGGCCACUCCAACGUCACCGGCUGCCGACUCCGCGACCGCCUCCAACAACGGCACACCGAACUCUCUCAACAGAAGCAGCACUGGCGCGCACAUCAACAUGGCGCGGAAGAGCUUCAGCUUCCUCAACAAGGACAAACUCAAGCGAGACAGCGCCGAGGUUGAGAAUACCCAUGCCUUUGGCAGCGGCGACGCCAAUCACGGGAGCGGCAAAGCCAGCGGUGACGCCUUUGAGCCAAAGUCGCUCAAAAAGACAUUCACAUUUGGGCUGGGCCGGAAGAAGAGCAAAAAUGUGCUCUCUUGA